AUAAACUGAACACAUUUUUUUAUGAAAAAAAUUACUACUUCUACUUAUUAGCUACCACCAACCACACCAAACAUGCAUUUCCACAUUAAAAGCGGAGUAAGUGAAAGCUCAGAAAACGAUUCCAAGUGCCCAAGCUUACCCUUUCUGUUGUCUUUUCAUUUUGACCAAAACCUCGCAUAUAAAACUCACUUGAAAACAGAUCGAAAACCCUUCAACUCAAAGAUCUUGACAGACACAAAAUACCAUGGAGAUUACUUCUAUGACCAUCUCUCUCUCGAGACCCCCGCCACCUUCACUUCCUCUUUCUUCUUCUCAGUCCAAUUUUAUCACCAGCAGUAAUACCAUUUCUUUGUUGAACAAAACCAAAUCUCAAAACAAAUCUGUUUUUGUUGUUGGUCAACCAAGAAGGAGAACAAGUGCUGAACCUGCUAAAAGGGGUCUUGUUUGCAAUGCUUUGUUUGGUCUUGGUGUGCCUGAAGUUGUUGUUAUUGUUGGAGUGGCUACUCUUUUAUUUGGACCAAAGAAGUUGCCUGAAGUAGGGAGGAGUAUUGGGAAAACUUUCAAGAGUUUUCAACAGGCUGCAAAGGAGUUCGAGUCUGAACUCAAAAGGGAUUCUGAGGCUCUAACGGAGCAAUCCGAGAAGAAUCCUAUGGCAGUUAGUGAAGAGAAGAAACCAGACGUCGAGGUCUCCAGCUCUAAAGAGAGUGUAUGAAUAUGUAAAACCAUCAUCUAGUUCCUAUAAUUUCUCAGUUGCCUCUUGUAUCAAUGAGCUUAGAACAAAUAAUUUGAAUGUUAUGUUAGCAUCAUCAAAUGGUAAGUCAAUUAAUCGAUACAUUGUUUCGAGUU